AUGGCUGCUAUAAACAAGCUUGUGUUGUUGCAAAAAAAAAUCUUGAUUUUGAUCAUUUUAAGAAGAAGAUUUCGAGGAAGAAUUGGAAAAUACAAAAAAAGUAUGUGGGUUAGGCAGCUAUUCAAGGACCGUGCGAGAAGAGGAGAAUUCAACAUUUUGGUGAAGGAUAUGAUGAUGUUUGAUCAUUUUUACUUUUUUCAAACCUUCCGAAUGCAUCCCCAUAUUUUAGAAACUUUGAUUUCUUGGGUUGGACCUUUCAUUAAAAAAUCGUCAUUUAGAAGAGAAACAACCUCUCCAGCCGAGCGACUGUGUUUAACAUUACGUUAUUUAGCCACGGGAGAUGCUCAAAUUUCACUUGCCACUCGAUUUCGGAUAAGUCCAGCGACUGUUGGGAGAAUUAUCAGAGAAACCUGUCAGGUUUUAUGGAAUGUCUUGUCAGAAAAAGGUUAUCUUGAUGUUCCGAACUCAAAGGAAAAAUGGUUAAAAAUAGCUAAUGAUUUUAGAGAUACGUGGAACUUUCCGAACUGCAUUGGUGCAAUUGAUGGGAAACACGUCGUUAUACAAGCUCCUCCGAGAAGCGGGUUCAUGUUUUACAAUUAUAAAAAAACAUAUAGCAUCGUGUUGCUCGCUGUGUGUAAUGCGAACUAUGAAUUCACACUGGUUGAUGUAGGAGAAUAUGGUAGACAGAGUGAUAGCGGAGUUUACACUAGCAGCAACUUAGGACACGCAAUUGAUAAUAAUUUACUUAACAUACCAACGCCAAGAGCGAUACCAGGCUACCACUCUAAUAAAAUGUUCCCGUUCACCUUUGUUGCUGAUGAAGCAUUCGCACUGAAAACAUUCAUGAUGCGACCAUUCCCACACAGAAAUGUCCUCGACUCAUCAGAAACAAUUUUCAACUAUCGUUGUCACGUGCAAGGAGAGUGA